AUGUUGGCGUCUUCGCCCUCGCCUUCAACGGCUGCGUUACGCUCCCCGCUUCCUUCAACUUCGGGGUCGCAUUCCCAUUUCCACUAUGAGCCGACUGGCGCUCCACAAUCCAAUAGUCCUCGAUCCUCGCGUCUGGCCAUUGACGAACUUCGCUCAGCCUUGAAUCGGCAUACCGUCGAUCCCUCCUCUCCUGAAACUUCAGGGGAUCUUCAACGCAGGCGCACAUCUACAUCCGACACACUAAAGACCCUAGUCACCAACUCGGCCUUGGCUUCCACACUCCAAUCAGCCGCUUCUUCCGCUGUGACUGCAACCACCCCGGCGACUGCCACCUCUACAAAUCCACCCCCGACUUCCUCCCCCGCCCUCUCAAUGCCCGCUCCUACCUCGGGUUCCAACAAGCGCAACAGCCAACGCGACCAUCACCCAUCGGAUGCGACGCCGGCGGAAUACGAUGGUGAAGAUUUGGAGAGGUCGCAGUCCAAGCGCCUGCGACCUUCCAAACCAGAUGUCAAGAUGUUACCCUCGCAAUAUGAACUGGCCGACCCCCGUGACAUGGUGGUGUUGAUCUCCAGCAUGCUCAUGGAGCUGAUCCGAUUCAACGACAAGAUCCCACUACACCAGGGUCGUCUGACUCGCUUCCACUCGCGCUCCCCGCCCCGAAUCUCCGUGCAAGAUUACCUCCAGCGAUUGACGACCCACGCUACUCUCUCACCCCCUAUUCUUCUUAGCAUGGUCUACUACAUCGAUCGACUCUGCGCGCUUUACCCCGCCUUCACCGUUUCCAGCCUCACCAUCCAUCGGUUCCUGAUCACCAGCGCCACAGUCGCCAGCAAGGGACUCAGCGACAGUUUUUGGACCAACAAAACGUAUUCUCGAGUUGGUGGAAUCGGCAUGACGGAAUUAGCUAUGCUCGAACUGGACUUCUUGUUCCGAGUUGAAUGGCGCAUUGUUCCCCAACCGGAAGUGCUGGUGGACUAUUAUCAGAGUCUCGUCGAUCGAUGCGAUGGGUUUGAAAUUGAAGGCGUCUGCCAGAAUGGCAGUGCGAAAGCCGGGGUAACGGGUAUUGCUCCAGCAGCCGGUCCUGUUCCAACAUAA